GCCGGACCCCAGGCGUCGGGGGUCACCAGGGAUCAAGUCAUUUGGCUCGCCAGCGGGCACCGCAUCAUCUGGCAAGGCAGUGGGCACCGAGUCACCAGGCACGACAGUGGGUUCCGAGUCAACUGGCAUGACCGCGGGACGGGUCAGACAUUGGAUCGUCUGGCUUGGCAGCGGGCAUCGGUUCACCAGGCAUCAGGUCAUUUGGCUCGACAGCGGGCACCGCGUCAUCUGGCAAGGCAGUGGGCACUGAGUCACCAGGCACAACAGUGGGCUCUGACUCAAUUGGCACGACAGCGGGCACCGGGCUGGGUAGAGACAUCAGGCUGGGUAGAGACAUCAGGCUGA